GUUUGGUUGUUUCUACCCAGAAUGCCUUGCGCUGUAGUGCACUUCCUGCUUUUGGAGCAGUCUCUGGUCCACUUGUGUCCACAUAUGCAUUGGAACUGAGCAAGAGUUCAUUUCAUGUGAACUAAGUUAUCUUUUUUGGUCCACAUCUGAGACUUUCUUGGCAAACGAACUGCAGUUUGAUUAAAGGGGAUUAAAUGGGUGUGAAUGUUGUACCUCCUGCCAUGAAGGACUGACUAUAGAAGGCUGGUGAGAGAGCUUUUAAUCCCUCAAUUCUCUGCAUUAACACAAUUUCAGUUUCAACAAGGAAGAGUUUCACUGCAUGAAUGUGACACCAGGUUAAUAAAACCUACAUCCUAAAACACACUCGCCCUCUUUUUUCCCUAGUUGGUCGUGAGAACGGCGUGGAGGAGACGAGUGCGAAACUGAAACCAUCUUCCCUUUUGAAGUUUCAAACGUGAUGAUUCAACUGAACAAAAACAGCCACAUUUAAAGUUUAUGAUAUCACUAAUCAAUAUUUAAAGCCAUCAUGAGAAAAUCUAAAAGAUUUUUACUUUAUAAAUAAUCAAAAAUAGUACAGAGAAAUCUUUGACAAAUAAUGACCGGCAUUCUGACAAAACUCUUCCUUUGCAUGAAAACUGUGGUAGUUGUAAAAAACAUUCAAACUACAUAAGUUACUGGAUGCCACCUGCAUGGAAACAGAGUAUAUUACAACUAGAUCUAAAAGGCCCAACAAGGACAUUUUUGUUUUUCCAGUUUAAAGGUGAAAUCUGUGAGCAUUGUAUUGUUAUAAAGUAUUACCUAUAAAGACUCAAGUCUCAAAGAGAAACAAGGUAGACAAUAAGAUUUAUUCUAGCUUCCACCACCACACCUUAAGGUUUGGCAAUCAUCCAAAGCUGACGUAAUGCAGAGAUUCAACUUUCUCCUCACUAAACGUCAGCAAAAACACACCUCUUUUCCUGGAAUUAGAGGUGUGUCUACAGUUACCACUGCAGCUGUUACUUUUUCUCUUACUAACAGCUCUCCAGGGCUCAGCCUGUUAUCUUGCAUUACUCAGUAUAAAGAGCAGCGAGUUCGAGUUCGUUUAAUCAGUAUCUUGAAGGUACAGCUCAUAAAACGACUGCAGCUGGUCUAUCUACAGACACACAGCCACCAUGGAGCUGCGUCUCUCUGUCUGCGUCCUGCUGCUGCUUUGUGCAACCAGAAGCUCAAACGGAGGGAAGAUUUUGGUGUGGUACACUGAGGCCAGCCACUGGAUCAACAUGAAGCCGGUACUGGAGACACUGGUGGACAGAGGACACCAGGUGACAGUGCUGAUCCCGAGUGCAUCGAUGUUCAUGAACAGCAGCGAACCGUCUCGCUUCCAGUACGAACCUUUUAACAUCUCCGUCUCCCUGAAGGAUAUAGAAAGUUUUCUUAAGGAGUUUCUUCACUUCGGCAUUUACGAGAUGGAUUUUAUGGGCUACUUUCAGAUUUAUGUUAGAUUCAUAGAACUGAUAAAGAACAACAUGAAGGUUUCUUUCAGUAUGUUGGAUGGAGUUGUGAAAUCAGAAACAAUAAUGAAGAAGCUGAAGAAGGGAAACUACGACGUGCUUUUUUCUGAUCCUGUCUACCCUGGUAGUGAUCUAACUGCGGACAUUUUGGGGAUCCCUCUCAUCUACUCACUGCGGUUUUCCUUGGCUCACAACUGGGAGAGGAUGUGUGGUCAGCUUCCUGCUCCACCGUCCUUUGUCCCGGGUGCUAUGAGUAAACUCACAGACAAGAUGAACUUCUCAGAGAGACUGUGGAAUGUCCUCUUCUACGCUCUGCAGGACGUCGUAAUAGACCAGUUCAUGUGGAAAGAUCUUGACAAAUAUUACUCUGAAGUCAAAGGAACACCCACCAGUGCUUGUGAGAUGAUGGGUAAUGCUGACUUUUGGUUGAUGAGAACCUACUGGGAUUUUGAUUUUCCUCGUCCACUCCUCCCCAACUUCAAAUUCAUUGGAGGGAUCCACUGCAAACCAGCUAAACCUUUACCAAAGGAAAUUGAAAAGUUUGUCCAGAGCUCUGGAGACGCUGGUAUCGUUGUCUUUUCUUUAGGAUCGAUGGUCAAGAACCUGACCACAGAGAAAGCGAACAUGAUCGCCUCAGCGCUUGCUCAGCUUCCACAGAAGGUGCUCUGGAGAUACAGCGGAGAAAAACCUCAAACUCUUGGUUCUAAUACAAGAGUUUAUGACUGGAUUCCCCAGAAUGACCUGCUGGGUCAUCCUAAAACCAAAGCUUUCAUCACUCACGGAGGGACAAACGGGAUCUAUGAGGCCAUCUACCACGGCGUUCCCAUGGUGGGAAUCCCCAUGUUUGGGGACCAACCAGACAACAUGGUGCACAUGGAGGCCAAAGGAGCUGCAGUUACUGUUAAACUGAACUUUAUGACUAUUGAGAGCCUGAGAGACGCUGUCAACACCGUCAUCAAUGACAAAUCAUACAAAGAAAAUGUGAUGCGACUCUCCAAAAUCCACCAUGACAGACCCAUGAGUCCUCGGGACGAGGCCGUCUUCUGGAUCGAGUUCACCAUGAGGAACAAAGGAGCCAAACACCUGAAAGUCCAGGCCCAUGAACUCACCUGGUACCAGUACCACAGCCUGGACGUCCUGGCCUUCCUUCUUAUUAUAGAUCUGCUCCUCAUCUUCAUCCUCUUCAAGAGCUGCAGCUUCUGUUUCAAGAGAUGCUGCAGCAGAAAAAAUACAAAGAGAAAAGCUGAAUGAAAAUUGAAGUGAGAGUGGUGUUUGUAGCACUUUUCUGUUUAAGAGCUUUAAUUACAAAAAAAUGUUUACAUGUCUGAUCAUGACUAAUGUUUACAUUUUCUGAUACAUAUUCAUUUGAAAUAUCAAACAUCUUUAAAGCCAAAAAAACAUUUCACCUCAGCAUGACCAGGCCACCA